UUUGAGUGUGGCAUUGGAAUAAAAUUAUCGUCUUCACAUUCCCGCAACCCAAGCUCACCGUCGACAAACACCAAAUAUCCCGCCAAACAACUAACCAACAAGAUGCCUCCCAAGAAGACUCAACGUCCCGCCCAGGAGAACAUCUCCUUGGGCCCCCAGGUCCGCGAGGGUGAGCUCGUCUUCGGCGUUGCCCGUAUCUUCGCUUCGUUCAACGACACCUUCGUCCACGUCACCGAUCUGAGUGGCCGCGAAACCAUCUGCCGUGUCACCGGUGGAAUGAAGGUCAAGGCCGACCGUGACGAGUCGUCGCCCUACGCCGCCAUGUUGGCUGCUCAGGACGUCGCCGCUCGCUGCAAGGAGCUGGGCAUCACCGCCCUGCACAUCAAGAUCCGUGCCACUGGUGGUAACGGCACCAAGACCCCCGGCCCCGGUGCCCAGUCCGCCCUCCGUGCCUUGGCCCGUUCUGGCAUGAAGAUCGGCCGUAUCGAGGACGUUACUCCCACGCCCUCCGACUCGACCCGCCGCAAGGGUGGUCGCCGUGGUCGUCGUCUCUGAGCGUGUGCGCAAACUCGAAGUGGUGUACCUCACGAUCAGCAACGAACAAAAAAAAAGCUUACGGAUGGGAUGCACAAGGAUCUUGGUUGGUUUUAUGGCUUUGUUGGGAUUUGGAACUUCUUUGCGGCGUUGACCAUUACGAGGAGGACGGCAUUGACUUGCCUGGUCUCCAAAUAUCAAACAUUCCUGGUCACAUGAUGUCUGUUGGCACGACCGCGGAAAUCAAAAGAUAGAUAAAAAUCACCAUGAUGGUUGAAUGAACCUUGAUACCCACCCGCGGCCUAGAUAACCACCGUCAAUCCAGUGCGACGUCAGUUCAGGAAUAUCCCUACAGACUGCCGAUCUGAAGUUAUUUGUGAAGCCAUUGCCAUGUUGUCCAAGGGAAGUCCUAUUUAAACGUUAUUUUAAAC